CUCAGUGCUGAUGCGUGAAUCAGCGGGGACCGCGCGAGGAUAGCGCAAUAUAUCCAGUUUAACGGCGCCGCGCGCGUAUUUGCCCACUGAGCGUCAGAUUUGGAGAUCCGGGCUGUUUUAUUCAGGCAACCGGGAAGAUUUGGUUCCGCUCCGAUGCUCGGUUCAGUGAGUAUCUCGCAGUGAGCCUGAGGAGAGGAAGGGUACUCGAUGUAUCAUAAGUGAGGAUCAGGAAACCAUAGAGAGGACUCCCUGCAUUCCUGAUUGGAUGCGAGUUGACUUUGACCGAACCAAACUGAAGAUGAAGUUGCUAUGGAAACUGCUGCUGCUGCAGUCAUUCAUGGGGUGCCUCGCAGCAGGCAACACUCUGCAGAGCCCCGUGUUUACGAAGCAACCGGGCAGCAUCGUGUUUCCAGUGGACUCCAUGGAGAAGAACAAGGAGGUGGUUUUCAGCUGUGAAGCUCAAGGUCACCCGCCUCCUUUUUACAGGUGGAAACUUAACGGAACCUUGAUCAACCCUAAACCUGGAUCUCACCACAGCCUUUCUGGAGGCAACCUUCGCAUCACCCAUCUCAAUAAAGACGAGGACGCUGGGACCUACCAGUGCCUCGCAUCCAACUCCUUUGGGACUAUCGUCAGCAGGGAGGCCAGUCUAACCUUUGCAUACUUGGAAAACUUCAAAACCCACAGGCGGAAUUCUGUGUCUGUCAGGGAAGGGCAGGGGGUGGUGCUUCUUUGCGGACCGCCCCCUCACUCGGGAGCGCUGACGUUCUCUUGGAUUUUUAACGAGUACCCGUCCUUCGUGAAGCAGGACUCCCGUCGUUUCGUGUCCCAGGAGACGGGGAAUCUAUACAUCGCUAAAGUCGAGCCAUCCGACGUGGGCAACUACACCUGCGUCGUGACCAACACCGUCACCAAGACACGUGUCCAAGGCCCGCCCACUCCUCUCAUUUUGCGCACUGACGGUGUCAUGGGAGAAUAUGAACCAAAGAUUGAAGUGCAGUUUCCAGAAGUUGUUCAGGUGGCCAAAGGUUCGACAGUUCGCCUAGAAUGUUUUGCAUUGGGGAAUCCGGUACCUUCCAUAAGCUGGCGCCGAGUGGACGGAGUCCCCUUCUCCCGCAAAGUGGACGUGAGAAAAACCAGCGGAGUCAUGGAAAUCCCGUACUUCCAGCAAGAAGACGCGGGCACGUAUGAGUGUGUCGCGGAAAACACCAAAGGUCGAAAUUCUGUGCAAGGAAAGCUGUCUUUCUUUGCUGCUCCCCAGCUAAUUGAAAAGCCCCAGGAUGUGCAGAAGGCCAUCGAAGACUCUUUGGUGUGGGAAUGCAAGGCCACGGGGAAACCUAAACCCUCCUUUAGAUGGAUGAGGAACGGAGAGAACCUGGAGCCCACUGAGGAGAGGGUCCAGGUCAUUAAUGGAGCCUUGUCCAUCACCCGCUUGGCGCUGUCGGAUAUUGGAAUGUACCAAUGCGUGGCUGGAAACAAGUACGGGGAGGUUUAUUCCAAUGCUGAACUCACAGUUAUCGCUGUCGCUCCAGAUUUCUCUCAGAACCUGCUGAAGAGCCACACUCUGGUGAAAGAGGGUGGCGAUGUUCUGAUUGAAUGCAAGCCUAAGAUGUCUCCGCGUGGAGCGAUCUCCUGGCGCAAAGGCAACGACGCCCUCAGAGAAAGCAGCAGAGUUGCUAUUUUGGAAACCGGAGCUCUUCGAAUAUCCAACGUAACCAAACCAGACGCUGGGACGUAUACGUGUGUUGCCCGUAACCAGUUUGGAGUGGCGAGCAGUUCAGGAAACCUGCUUGUCAAAGAACCAACGAUCAUAACAACCACCCCCUCAACGCUGGAUGUGACUGUGGGCGAGAGCAUUAUUCUGCCCUGUCAGGUGUCUUACGACCCCUCGCUGGAGCUCAAGUUUACCUGGUUCUUCAACGAGCAGCUCAUUCACUUUGGCAGCCAUGGAGGAUACUUUGAAAAAGUCGGAGGACAGCACUCGGCAGGUGACAUCAUGAUCCGGAACAUUCAGCUAAGGCAUGCUGGGAAAUACACGUGUGCUGUGCAGACCAAGGUGGACAGCAGCUCUAUUGCCACUGACCUUAUUGUUAGAGGUCCCCCCGGUCCCCCUACCAGCAUCCAUGUGGAAGAAAUCACAGAUACCACUGCUACUCUCUCCUGGAGGCCUGGUCCUGAUAAUCACAGUCCAAUUACUGCCUACACCAUCCAGGCUAGAACCCCUUUCUCCCUGGGUUGGCAAGCUGUUAGCACAGUGCCGGAGGUUGUGGUGGGCUCGCAUCUGACAGCAACAGUAAUCGAGCUCAACCCCUGGGUGGAGUACGAGUUCAGAGUGUUGGCAAGCAAUGCGGUGGGCAUGGGGGAGCCCAGCAAACCCUCAAAGAAAGCAAGGACGAAAGAAACUCUUCCCAAGAUCACCCCAGCCAAUGUGAGUGGAGGAGGUGGCAGUCGAUCAGAAUUAGUCAUCACUUGGGAGCCCGUUCCUGAGGAGCUCCAGAACGGAGCGGGAUUCGGCUACGUUGUUGCUUUCAGGCCCUUUGGCGCCACCGGGUGGAUGCAAGCGGCAGUUCCAUCUGCCGAAGCCUCCAAAUACAUCUUCAAAAACGAGACCAUCUUACCAUUUUCCCCCUUUCAAGUCAAAGUGGGGGUUUACAAUAACAAGGGGGAAGGACCUUUCGGACCAGUGGUCAACAUUUAUUCCGCUGAGGAGGAGCCCGGAAGAGCACCUACCCGAGUCAGAGCCAAAAGUCUUUCGGCGUUUGAUGUGGAGGUGUCUUGGAAAGCUCUUCCUUGGAGCACCAGCAAGAAACGUGUUCUGGGAUAUGAGUUAAGAUACUGGGAGAAGAAUGAGAAAGAAGAUACAGCUAGUGUACUCAGGACAGUAGGAAAUCGGACACUGACGAUUAUUCAAGGCCUGAAGGGCAGCAGUACCUAUUAUAUUACUGUACGGGCCUAUAACACUGCAGGUACAGGACCACCAAGCCAGCCGGUCAACGUCACCACCAAAAAGCCGCCACCCAGCCAACCUCCUUCAAAAGUGAUGUGGAAUACAUCAAACAGCAAAAUUAUUCUAAACUGGGAACAAGUGAAACCUCUAGAAAAUGAGUCUGAGGUCAUGGGGUAUAAGGUCCUGUACAAGCGCAACAGAUUCAGCAGGCCCACCGUCAUGGAGACCAACACCACGUCUGUGGAGCUUUCCCUGCCCACAGAUGAGGAAUACUUCAUCCAGAUCAAACCAUUUGGGGAAGGUGGGGAGGGCAGCAGCAGCCGGCAGAUCACCAUUCCCAGAAUAUCAGGUCCCAAUGCUGUCGGCUCCGCUUCCAGCGUCUCCACUCUCUCAGCCCUCAGCACAAUAGCUCUAUCGCUCACAGCCCGAACAUCUUUAUGACAGAACACAGCGCGGGCCGCUGACUCCAGACGAGACGUUCUUCGUCCAGAGAAGACUUUGAGAAAAGUGACUCAGACAAAUUGAUGGAACUCAUUCGUAAUGAAGGGAAUAACGGGUGCGUGGUUCGGUAGCCGAUUUAAAGUUGAAGGCUAAUAGGACUGAAGUUGAUGUUACCAAAGCAGCUUUUUAAAAACCGGCGGGAGAGAAAUAUGUCGAGUGCUUAUUUUGUAUGGACGACAUAUUUCGCAUUUUUUAUUUUGAGUUGAGUUGGUCGGUCCGUUUGUUCCCGCGCUUUUAGAUGCAUGUCACGUACAAUGUUUUGUAAGAGAAUGCAGAUGUUCGAACCUUAAAUAUUUAGAGAAAGACACGUUUGGCUGAAAAUGAACUUAUUUAAGGGGACGGUCCUUCGAGGUCACUCUGAAAGCAGAGAAACUCAAAGGAUUAUUUAACGUUACUGUUUACGACACGGGAAUAUACUUGCACUGAAAUCACGUCUGAUCGAAAAUGGACAACGGGAACUCGAGCGGAUCCCGCUACGAGGCCUUUGCUGAUGUCUUCGAAGGUUGUUUUGUCUUCGUUGUCUCAUUUCUUUCUGGUCAGCCGCAGACUUCAAACUUUGUGGAUGUUCACGUGGUUGUCUUUUAUCCCCAUCAUCCUCUGCUUCUCUGUUGUUUUGUAAUGCAUCUAGAGCUCUUUGCCUUGUGUGUGCCUGUGCUCUGUGUUUUAAACUCCUCAGGUCCUCAAAAAGCCUUAAUACAUAUUUCUUAGCGUUAACUAGUUAAGUGCUGGACGCCAGGGCUGUGAGUGGUUAGUUAUGACAGGAGGCUGGGGUCAUCAAAAUUUCCUUUCAGGUUGGGGAUUGUAGUAAGGGCGAGUUUAUUGCUUCCAUAAUCCAUAUUAUAACAGCCAUAUGCUGUUAUUCAUUGUUUGAAGGCAAUACAACAUGUGUGUGCGUGUGCUUGCGUGUGUGUGUGUGACCCCACUUCCGUAGGGGCUACAGGCUCUGCAUUUUUUAAAUGCCAUGUGAGACUGGUGAGGUAAAGUAGCUUGUCAUUUAUUGAGGCGCAAACAGUAGACGUACUGCUUUAAAAGGGACACGUGAUCCACGACUGAGUGAAAAAAGUAUAUGUAAAUGCUUUUUGUAUAUUCCAGAUAAUUUAUAUUUAAGUGGACAACAUCAAUGUUUCCUACAAACUCAUCUUGGUUGUUAUCCUAAAGAAAAUAGACGUUUCUUAGCUUAAAGUGGCUCUGCAUGUGGAUGUAUUCAUUUCCAUCUUAAAUCAUUAAUAACUGACAACUUGACAGCGGACACAGCGCAGUCUUUCAUUUCUGAAGAUUUGUGUAUGGUGCAUUUACCAUAGCCAGAAUGGUCUUUCUCAAAACCAGUGCUUUCCAUUAAACUAUCAGAGAUCCAUUUAUUGAACCAUAUUCCUUUGUCCUCCAAAGUUCUCUGUUUAUACUGGACGAAAAAAAUAAACGACAUUUAUAAAAAAAUAUAUUGCAUUCGACUACACAGGUUUUGUUGGAAUCUGGGUGCGUUAGCUGUAAUGGAGGUGUAGGUUAUAAGAUCUUUAUCAGUUUAUUUAUUCACCCUCAUGUUGUUCUUAAACUGUAAAUCGAUUCUGUAAAAUCUUCAAGACUUGUUUUUCAUACAGUGAAUUCAUGUCAUGACUAACGUAAAUGCUUUUAAACUCCAAACAUAUAACAAUAAAUUGCAUUUCGCUGCAACCAAAUCUCAUUUACACCCCACUUGUGAUAUAACUGGCGUUCAACAAUCAACAUAUAUUUGACCUCUGACCUUUGUAUGACACAAUUGAAGAAAAAUAAAUGUACCCGUUUUAUGUUGUUAACCAUUCAAUGUAGGUGUUUGUAGUUUUAUCGUAAUUUUUUUUUUUUAUUAAGUUGCAUUCUUGCUUUGGUCCUGUUGGAGCCUUAUAGACGUUGGUCACUGUCUGCUUUCGUUGUAUGAAAAAGGAUGAACGUCUGCUUAACUUCUUUGCAUUCCACGGAAGAAUCAUACAAGUUAAGAAACUUAUGAGGGUAAAUAACGUAAUUAAAACAUUUUGGGUAGCACCCUUUGAAACUGAAAAUGUAUUUAUUUAAUUCUUAGAAUGCUACAG